UUGCUUUUGUGCCGCUUAACAGGGGACUAAUAAUUUGUCGCCCCAGAGAAAGCUGUAUAAUAGAUUUUUUGUCUUCAUUUUGAAAAGGGGUCCAAAAUGAAUAAUACUUUGAAGCACUGGAGAGAAGCAGCAACUCUGAUAUUAGCUGCCGGAGCUCAUCAUGGGAACAUGUUAUCAAAGAUCCAGAAUUUGUCACAGCAGGCUCUGCCGCACGCUCCGAAAGGGAUCUCUUUUGAUUACGACGUUCUCUUACUGAAGCGCAGUCAGAAAAGCGGCUUCAUGCCCAACGCGUUCGUUUUCCCCGGUGGCCUCCUUGAUGCUUCAGAUUUCUCCAACGACUGGAUUAAGAUCUUUCACAAGUAUGAUCAAAAGCCAAACUUUGGCCUUGGUUUGGUGAAACAGAAUCCCAGUGGCCGAUCUCCCAUGUUUGUUACAGACAGGACAAAGUUUGGCUCUCUGCUCCCCAGCGAGGUGGCUUUUCGGAUUUGUGCCAUCAGAGAGACUUUUGAAGAAUGCGGAAUCUUGUUGGUAGUUCCUGAGAACUCUGAUGUAGAAGACAACCAAAACAUUACGAGCAUCUCCGACCAUGACCCCCAGGUACUUGGGAAGUGGCGACGGGAGGUCCAAAGUAACCCUCUGCAGUUUAUUCAGCUGUGCAAGGAGAUGCGCUGUGUGCCCAACAUCUGGGCUCUGCACGAGUGGAGCAAUUGGCUGACCCCGGUAUUCCCAAACACCUCCAGCAUUCGACGCUACGACACGGCUUUUUACAUCUGUUGCCUACAAAAGAAGCCACUCGCCAUCGAGGAUCAGAAAGAAGUCACUUCCUUCAAGUGGUGGAGCCCCUGGGAAGUUCUAGAGGAGUUUAAAUCUCAGAACAUCUGGAUUCCGCCACCUCAGUUCUACGAGUUGAGCAGGUUGUGCGUCGUGCCCGACAUCCAUGAGCUGCAUCGGUUCACGCAUCGUCGCGCUCUAGAAGGUUGCGAGCAGUGGAUGUCCGUUUUGGUGCACGCCGAAGACGGAAUGCUUCACGUGUUACCAGGAGAUGACUUAUAUCCAGAUGAGCCAGACUAUACAGGAGAGAAAAAAAAGCUUUACUCUAGAGACAAGACGAUUGAAGAUAUUAUGAAAGACAGCGUUCGUUGUCACAGAUACCUGCAACACAACGGCAUCGCACAUUUAUGUGUAGAUAUUGAACAAAAAUACAAACACCUCACACCGCUAUCAACGGAUCAAACUCAGAGCGCUAAGCCAAAGAGCAAAAUGUAAUAGUAGCUUUAAUAAUGCUAACCAAAUGAACUGAUACCUUUCAUAGAAUUAAAUGAUGCUGGUGACCAA